AUGCGCAUUCCCUUGUGCUUUUCUUCCAAGCCAACAACGACGGAUGAGCCGAUCCGCCCUCCGCCUCGAUCGAUAGCUCACGCUCGGACCGCCAGCACAGCGGAUAUUUACCAUCCCUGGGUCGAGCCAGAUCCUACAACGCUGAAGAAAGCGGGGUGCAUCUUUUGUGAUGUGUCCAAGGAGAAGGGGUUUGCGGUGGUGCACGAGGAUGAAGAGUUGAUCGCUUUCCGGGAUCGAUCGCCGAGGGCCAAGGUGCAUCUGUUGAUUAUACCGCGGUACCACAUCGCGGACUCUGUGAAGAGCUUGACUUCUGACCAUGUACCGCUUUUGGAUCGCAUGAUCUCCCUUGCCGACACCCUCAUCCUCUCCUCAGAUCCAUCCUCGCCGGACCCAGUCUCGGCGUCAGCGAGGCCCAAGCUAGGCUUUCAUAUCCCGCCAUUCUCCUCGGUCCCGCAUCUCCACCUGCACGUCCUCGUACCGCCAUAUACCUUCCUCGGCAAACUGAAGUAUCCCAUCUCUCACCGGUCCGGAGGUACAUCUACGAACACGUUCCCGGAAGACGGGAAGGGCAUAGGAAAGAGGGGUAGUGGGAAAGGGUGGAGCUGGUUCGUCGAAGCUCGGCAGGCGAGGGGUAUUCUGGAGCGGGGCGGUAGCGUCAAGAUCGGCCGAUCAUAG